CCUAAUUGUUAGGGCAAGAGAUUUCAGAUAUUCUCUUUUUGCUUUCCAGCGAAGAUGUACAACGGAAUCGGGCUACAAACGCCGCGAGGCUCCGGCACCAACGGCUACAUCCAGACCAACAAGUUUUUCGUCAAGCCAAAGACGAACAAAGUCCUCGUAGACGGCGGCAAAGGUUUUGAGUCCGGCCAAGGAACUGCCGGAGUGACGAGGAAAGCGAACAAGGACAUUCUCGAACACGACCGGAAACGGCAGAUUCAGCUCAAACUUCUAGUCCUUGAGGAUAAGCUUACCGAUCAGGGAUACACCGAUGCUGAGAUUGCGGAAAAGCUCGAUGAAGCUCGACGUAAUCUGGAGGCAACAUCUGAAGAUUCUGGUGGAUCCACUGCUAUUGGCUAUGAAAGUUUGUUCAUUUUCAGGGUUUCGGAAACACAGACACACCAGAUUGCUGCUUUGAAGGAAAGGCAGAUGGAAACCUUAAAAGCUGCUCUCAAGAUAGGGGCUGAACACGAGACCCAGAAGAAGCGGCAUGAGGCUUUAGAUUUAGAUUCUGAAGAGAAUGAAGAUGGUGAUAAUAAUGAGCUUGUUGAUAGGAAGUGGCAGGGGAAGGACUUGAGAAAAGAGAAGGAUGAGGGUAAGCGUAAUAAGAAAACAGAGAAGAAAAAACGUGUGGAUUCUUCUGACACUGACAGCGGUGAUAGCCAUGCCAAAAAGCCUAAGAAGAAGAACCAUGAAAAAGCCCACUAUUCUAGUUCUGAUUCUGCUACUGCUGUUGAUAAUAAGUCAAAAAAGUUGUCUGCCAGGGAAAAAGAGGGUAGAAGGCGGCAUCACAGUGAUUCACUCUCUGAUUCUUCCUCAGAUUCUGAUUCUUAUCCAGAGUCUGAUCAGGAGAAGAAACAUGCAAAAUCCCGUAGGAGACAUUCUGAGGGUGAGUAUAAUGCUGGCCGUGAUGCAAAAGCCAGUAAGUUUCAACAAGGUAGAAGACACGAUUCUGAUGAGGAUGACUACAAAAAUGAUCGCGAUGUCGAUAACAAGAUGAUUCAGAAAGAGAGAAGGCAGGUUACUGAGAGUAAGUAUGAUGAUGGCCGUGAUGCUAAAAUCAAGAAGUCACAAAGAGGCAGAAGACAAGAUUCUGAUGAUGACGAUGAUGGUAGUGAUCGUGAUGUAAAAAGCAAGAAGAUUCAGGAAGGGAGGAGACAUGUUACUGCAGGUGAGUAUGAUGGUGGUCAUGAUUCUAAAAACAAGAAGUCUCGAAGAGGUAGAAGAUACGAUUCUGGUGAUGAUGAUAGUAAUGAUCGUGAUGUAAAAAGCAAGAAGAUUCAGGAAGGAAGAGACAUGUUACUGAGGGUGAGCAUGAUGAUGGUCGUGAUGCUAAAAACAAGAAGUCUCAAAGAGGUAGAAGACAUGAUUCUGAUGAUGGUAGUAACGAUCGUGAUGUAAAAAGCAAGAA